UACAUUACGUCACGAGAAGAGUCACCGAGAGGGGACUCGGACAAAAACAACCACGAGACGGAACUUUCGCCGUUCCCGUGUAUGUAAUCGCUUGUCCACAUGGCUUCUGAUACAAAAAAUCAAUUUCACAUGAGUGAUGCUGCUGUAGAUAAAGUUAUGGGCGAUGUUCAGGACGAAAUUUAUAAGAAAAAGUACGAGUUGUUGCUGGGAAGGUGCCGCGAAAUUGAACAGGACAAUCACCGCAUAGCCUACAGAAUUUAUAAGAUCGAGCAACUAAACAAAGAGACUCGCCACGACAAAAAGAUUAUAAAGAAGAGACUAGAUUUGCAUCGGGAUGAGUGGCGUGCACCUUAUGCCGAAAGGAAUGCUGAUGCAUUGGAAGCAAUGCUACCCACUGCUCAGCAUACCCUGCCAAGAGCACCAUCGCCGCCACAGAAGAUCCAGAAAUUGAGAAUCAACCUUGUGAAGCCGCAGGCCUCGACAAGCAAACAGGCUCCUUUAAAACAACCAGUUGCAUCUUCAUCUCGAGCUCCUGGCAAGUCUCAAGCAGUGACAAAAGCGCAAGGAGGGAAACCGAAAUCUGCAAUACCAGCCAAAGCUGCGAACCGACCUGUGCAAAAUAAUUCUAAAGCUUCAACUGGAGGAAAACCUCAGUCACUAAUCAGGCCACCAAUCCAGUCUCAAGUUCCUGCUACCAAAGCUCAAAAUAGGAGACAGUCGUCUGAAAAAGGUGGCAAAAGUAAGGCAGCUGCUAAAGAUGGUCCAAAGCCAAAGAAACCUAAAGUUGAAAAAGAUCCUAACGCGCCCAAAAAACCGGCAAAUCCUUUCCUGCAGUUUUGCAAAGAACAACGUCUCCGUACCACUGAACUUAUGAGAGAAUCACCAGACCUAAAUAAAACAGAACUGAAUAGAGUCCUUUGCAACCAGUGGAAAACUAUGAACCAGGAGGAUAAAAAGGUUUACUAUGACAAGUAUGAGCUAGAGAAGCAGCAGUACAGUCUAGAACUGGAAAUCUAUGAUCGGCAAAAAGGACUGAUGGGGUCGUUGCCAUCAGAGCUCUUUGACCUCCCCUGAUGUGCAUAACAAGUGAUAACAUCACUACCCACGCAUCAUUUGAUUCAUACCCACACGUGUAUUGUGAAUUUGUUGGUUGGACAAUGACUAGUUCACUAACGUGUUUUGUUCUGUAAGUACAACUUAUGGUUAGCAUCUAUAAAAUAGGAAAUAUUGAAUAAAUUUUUAAAUUUUUAAAACCA